UAGAAGGCGGAGCAUCUUAUACCUCGCCCCAGCGCUUCUCCUCAAGAUGGCGGGGCUGCCAUGGAGGCCGUAUGGCAGCACUUCAAGAAUAAAAUAAUUUAACAAGGUGGUUAGCUCCCCACGAAGAGACACCUGUGUCAUAUUUAUUACUCCCAGAAGAUCGCAGUGGAGGAUGAUCAGUGGCUCUAUUCCUUAAGCUGAAUGCAUUGUGAUUUCCAAUAAUUGAGACAGUGAUUCUGAAAGCUGUCUACAUUAAUGAAAAGAGCAAUGUAGUCAGCUUAGCAUAUUCUCCUCUGGUACGUGGUCAAUACAGGGAUGAGCUUCUGCAUGUAUUCUGAGUUGAGAUAAGUAGGAUAUCAAAACAUUUUUAAAAUAAUCUGCAGUUUAUAUAGGUUUUAGCUCUUAAAUAAGAAACAAUGGAGAUAGAUGAUGUUUUGCCCCCUCUCCCUUUGGAGCCACCUGAUGAUUUUGGCCUAGACCAGGAAAGAGCACCUCCACCACCUCCCCUGCAAACGUCCAGUGACGCAGAGGUAAUGGACGUUAGCUCUGGUGGUGAUGGAUACACAUACACCCCAGGGGACGGGGAAGACGAGACACAGCAGCCCAUCAGUAAGGGCUCUCUAAGCUUUUGCACCCACCUUUCAGAUGAGCCCAAUUCCAACCCACCUUGCCCCAGAACAGCCCGCCACGCUCCCCCCGUCACCAGGUUUCUGCCAGACCUCAAGCUGCUCAGAGAUGUUAAGAUCAGCGUGAGCUUCACCGAAAGCAGCAGCAGCACCAGCAGCAGCAGUAAUAGCAAGGACAGGAAGGUUUUGUACACGGGUGAGGGGCAGGAGGCAGAGGGGGAUGAUGACAUGGCCAAUCUGAAUGGUGAACUGCAUGACAUAAGUAUGCAACAGGUAGCUGAAGGUAGCUCCGGUGAGGGCAACGCAACAGGUGGGAAGUCAGAGGAAAGUGAGGUAGACCUGGAAAACAAGGUAGAGUUUGCUGUCCUGGAUGAGUUGGAUGAAUUCUACGAGAACUUCUUGGAUCAUAAUGACGGCGAGCACAGCGACUUUAAAUCUGAAGUCAUUGUUCAGCAGGAGCAAGCGGAUGAUGAGGCUGUGACUUACUCCUAUGAGGAGGAGUUUGAUAAUGAUGUCGACGCUCUGCUGGAGGAGGGCAUGCCGGUCCCAAAGAAGAUGCGCCCUGCAGAGGAGAAAUAUGGCGGGGACAGUGAUCAUCAGUCAGAUGGGGAAGGAGGCGUUCAGCCCAUGAUGACCAAAAUUAAGACUGUCCUGAAGAGUCGGGGGCGUCCACCCACUGAGCCUCUGCCUGAUGGAUGGAUCAUGACAUUCCAUAACUCAGGCAUUCCAGUCUACUUGCACAGAGAGACCAGAGUGGUUACCUGGUCCAGACCCUACUUCCUUGGAACCGGCAGUAUUAGGAAACACGACCCACCGACCAGCAGCAUCCCUUGCCUACACUACAAGAAAAUGAAGGAGCAUGAGGAAAAAGAGUUGAAUGGGGAAGUAGCCUCCACUGCAGAGGAGUCUCCGGUGAAACUCGGGGAGGAGGCCGUAGUAGGUGAAGGAGAGCCGGGGAUGUUGGUGGAAGAGGCAGAUCCCGUCCCUGCUGCCAGCGUCGCUGAGGGCGAGGAAGAGCAGCCCACCGACAACGGCCUGCAGAGCAAAGAGCCCCAGCCCUGCGACACGGCUCAAGGAGCCUUAGGACAGGUCAAGGCCAAAGUGGAGGUGUGCAAAGACGAGUCUAUAGAACUUGAAGAUUUUCGUCUGUACCUGGAAAAGUGCUUUGACUUUGAGCAAGUCACUGUCAAGAAGUUUCGCACCUGGGCAGAGCGCAGACAGUUCAACAGAGACAUGAAGAGGAAGCAGGCGGAGUCGGAGAGACCCAUCCUGCCUGCCAACCAGAAGCUCAUCACGCUGUCGGUCCAGGACGCUCCCACAAAGAAAGAAUUUGUCAUUAAUCCUAACGGAAAGUCUGAAGUUUGCAUUUUGCAUGAAUACAUGCAACGUGUCCUGAAGGUUCGACCCGUUUACAACUUCUUUGAUUGUGAGAACUCAAGUGAACCCUUUGGAGCCUCAGUCAUUAUAGAUGGAGUCACUUACGGCACAGGAACAGCGAGCAGUAAGAAGCUUGCCAAGAAUAAAGCUGCUCGAGCCACACUGGAAAUCCUCAUCCCUGACUUUGUGAAGCAGACCUCGGAGGAGAAACCUGUCGAGGGCGACGAACUGGAGUAUUUUAAUCAUAUCAGUAUAGAAGACUCAAGAGUAUAUGAGCUGACCAACAAAGCAGGACUACUAUCGCCAUAUCAGAUUCUUCAUGAGUGCCUUAAAAGAAACCAUGGGAUGGGGGACACCAGCAUUAAGUUUGAGGUGAUUCCAGGGAAAAACCAGAAGAGCGAAUACGUGAUGACAUGUGGGAAGCACACAGUACGCGGCUGGUGUAAAAACAAGAGGGUUGGCAAACAGCUGGCAUCUCAGAAGAUCUUGCAGAUGCUUCACCCCCACGUUAAGAACUGGGGCUCGCUGCUGCGCAUGUAUGGCCGAGAGAGCAAUAAGAUGGUGAAGAAGGAGAAUUCAGACAAGAGUGUGAUCGAGCUCCAGCAGUAUGCCAAAAAGAACAAACCAAAUCUUCACAUCCUGAACAAACUGCAAGAAGAAAUGAAGAAACUGGCAACUCAGAGGGAGGAAACGAGGAAAAAGCCCAAGAUGACCAUAAUGGAGUCAGCCCAGCCAGGCAGCGAGCCGCUCUGCACUGUUGACGUCUAAGUCUCAGAAUCACUGAGGAACCACAGCACUGAAACCCGUCACUGUUGACACCACAGGCCACCACCCACCGAUAACCGAGCGACACUACCACCCCACGGCAAUACGGACGCACCGCCCCGCUUCACCCACCCAGCAAGUAGAUGUGAGGGUAGGACGCAAUGCACUUACAGCCCCGGAGACGAUACGUUCUACCUCUACAGAUGCAUCCUUGCCUAAACUCAAGCCCAGCGGGAUCCAGAGAAGCGGACAGAACCACAGCAGAGGGAAAGUGCAUGCUCCCUCCACCACGGAAACACGGGCAAAGGCCGGUUUUCCCUUUUUUGAAGUGUUGUUUUCCACAGUCGCAGUCAUUUAGUACCAGCACUUGUGGGUUUGUGCUUGAAGUAUUUGAAAGGGUCUACUAAUGCUAAUAUUUAUGCCAUUUGUUUAUAGUGGAAACAGGACUCCUUGUUUGAGUAUUUUAAUGGUAGUUGUUUUGGAUAUUUUGGACGGUGUACUUUUUUUUUCCGUUCUUUUUGUUUUCCCAUUUUCCUCCGAAUGGAGCGCCAUCGCCUUGGUUUGCAUGAUUCACACAUGCGUCGUGAAACAUUAUCUUCAUUCAGAGCUGUUGUAAUGCACUCAUGUCCUGUCGGAUGUUUUGUGUGGAGUGAUGAUGCCGUCGGUACAGAAAUAACUGCGCGUGGGGAUAUUCGGUUGGCUUUAGUUUUAUUUUUGUUUUUUUGGGGGGGGGAUUGUUUUCUUUUCCUUUUGUUUGUUUUUUUUUCCUUAUGGCUUAAGAAGCUCCUGUCCUCCAUGCCAACACUGCUGUAAACCCCAGUGUAGAGUCAGAGUACUGUAAUGCGAUUAAGAAACAUUCUCUUAUUGCUUUUUAGUUUCCACUUGCUUUUUAUUCUAAAAUAAUAGAAUGCUAUCAACUCCACCUACUUGGCAAAUUGCAGUUGCUUUUCUUCUUAGGUGCCCUUUUAAAAAAAUAAAGUUGGCUACAUGUUGCCUUAGUUUAUCCAUUUCAUGAAGGGCUCGAUCUAAUGCAUUGGACCUAAAAGUAACAGAAAAAUACACCCUUCAGCAGGAAGUGGAAAGACCAAGCCCUAUAUACUUGAUAAUGCAUAUAUUGUCUAGGCAACUAGUGUUUUUAAUGACAUCCUGCAAAAUCCUACACAUAGGGAGCUUGACUUGCAGCAUGUGCAUAUUUUUAAGACUGGUCUUAAUGGAUUGUGUAUUUUGUGUCUGCAACCAUCAUGAACGACCACGAGUAGAAAACACUUUACAAAACGCAGCCUUGUAAAAGCUGAUGAAACUGUGUAUACCAAAGCUUACAAACAGUCUUAUGCAUUUUCUAGAAUCCAUAAUGUUGCUGCAAUCCGCGGAGUGAGACCAGACAUGGCUUUGAGAACACGGGGAAAAGGCACAAUUGCACCAGUAAAGUCAAACUGUGCGUUCUUUCAAAUAUCUGGCCUGUACUUUUCUACAAAUCAUCUAAGGAAACAUGCGUUUAAACAAGGCUCUUGUGAUAGUGUACGUUGCUUUAAGAAUGUGCUUCUCUGCUCUUUACGUGUCUUGUAUCACCAAGUUUGUGCUGGUGUGCGGAGUGGGGGGGAAAUGUUGGUUUUGUGUUGUACCAAUGAAUUGUUUGAAGCGUUGCUGCGUAGAGAUGUAUUGCAACCCGAGCUUUGUGACUUCAGUGCUAUUUGUUAUGCAAAAUAAAAUGUCUUGACUAAUGACUAAA